CUAGGGGAAAGUUCACGUUUAGGAUCACCGUGGGUCACCUGACUGAACACGCCGCUGUGAUUGGACGAGCGGUCGGUCGGUCUGUCUGUCGUUGUCGAGUGUUGUGUAAGUAGAAGUAGCAACGAUGCUCUUGAGUAAGGUACUCAGAGGAGGGCUGCGCUGCGGUGUUGCUCGGCUCCAGAGCUCCAGUGCCGCCGCCGCCGAAUCCAAAAUCUCCGGGGAGAACGCUGCAGCGGCUACCGGCUUCUCGUUUGAGUUAACGGAUCAACAGCGGGAGUUCCAACAGCUUGCUCGCAAGUUUGCGCGCGAGGAAAUCCUUCCGCACGCGGCGCACUACGACAAAACCGGGGAGUACCCAGUACCUAUCAUCAAGAAAGCAUGGGAGCUGGGUUUGAUGAAUGGUCACAUAGCAGAGCAGUAUGGUGGGAUGGGCUUGUCCAUCUUCGACAACUGCCUCAUCACGGAAGAGCUGGCCUACGGUUGCACGGGAGUCCAAACUGCCAUCGAGGCCAAUUCUCUUGGACAAAUGCCUGUUAUUAUUGCUGGUAAUGAGGCACAGAAGAAGAAAUAUCUGGGCAGGAUGACUGAGGAGCCUCUUAUGUGUGCCUACUGUGUCACUGAGCCGGGGGCGGGCUCAGACGUGGCGGGCGUCAAGACGCGGGCGGUGAAGACUGGCGACGAGUACGUGGUCAACGGCCAGAAGAUGUGGAUCACAAACGGCGGCAAGGCCAACUGGUACUUCCUGCUGGCCCGCACUGACGCUGAUCCCAAAUGUGCCACAAACAAGGCUUUCACUGGCUUCAUUCUGGAUGCAGACACGCCCGGAAUACAAAUUGGAAGGAAGGAAAUGAACAUGGGCCAGAGGUGUUCCGACACACGAGGCAUCACUUUUGAGGACGUGAGGAUUCCAAAGGAGAACGUCCUGAUCGGCGAGGGCGCCGGCUUCAAGAUCGCCAUGGGCGCCUUUGACAAGACUCGGCCACCCGUGGCAGCCGGAGCCACCGGCCUGGCUCAGAGGGCACUGGACGAAGCCACCGCCUACGCUUUGGAGAGGAAAACGUUUGGCAAAGUCAUUGCUGAGCACCAGGCCAUCUCCUUCCUGUUGGCCGAGAUGGCCAUGAAGGUGGAGCUGGCGCGCAUGGCGUACCAGCGCUCCGCCUGGGAGGUGGAUCGCGGCCGCCGCAACACCUAUUACGCCUCCAUCGCCAAGGCCUUCGCCGGCGACAUUGCCAACCAGGUGGCCUCAGACGCCGUGCAGGUGUUUGGCGGAAACGGCUUCAACAGCGAGUACCCUGUGGAGAAGCUGAUGCGCGAUGCCAAGAUCUACCAGAUCUACGAAGGCACCGCUCAGAUCCAGAGACUCAUUAUUGCCCGUGAACACCUGGCAAGAGCCAAGAAAUAAACCUGAAUGAUUUUUUUAUGUGUAAAAGAAAUACAAUGUUAAAAUAACUCAUUUUUUCUUUCAAUUGAAUAUGCCUUGAUGUCACUUGAUGGCCUUGCUAAAUAGAAUUCAGUCGGAACCCUUCAAACAAAUGGCACACAGCAACAAAAUGUGAGCCAAAUGAUGAAAAUCUCAUGUACAAAUGUCAUCCUGGAAUAAAAAACAAAUCAUGUCCUCGUUUUGGCUCCAAAU